AUGGGGUUCUCGACGGGCGACAUAAUAUGGUACGAGCCGAUGUCGCAGAAGUAUGCCCGCAUCAACAAGAACGGAGCUAUUAAUGGAAGCGCGGUGUCAGAGAUACGCUGGCUGCCAAACUCGGAUAACCUGUUUCUCGCGGCCCACAUGGAUGGGACAAUGGUCGUAUACGACAAGGAGAAGGAGGACGCUCCAUUCGUUCCUGAGGAAAUGGGCGUACAAAACGAGAAGCCUCCGAGCGACAAGGGUCAGAGCACGUCACUCCAUAUCAAAAAGUCGGUCCAAUCAAGGAACCAGAAAAGCAACCCGGUGGCGGUCUGGAAGGUCUCGAGCACGAAGAUCAACGCGUUUGCAUUUUCGCCGGAUAACAGGCAUCUGGCGAUCGUGUCGGAGGACGGCUCGUUACGCAUCAUCGAUUACCUGAAGGAGCAGCUCCUCGACGUCUUCAGCAGCUACUACGGGGGGCUGAUUUGCGUGUGCUGGUCACCGGACGGGAGAUACAUCGUGACCGGAGGGCAGGAUGACCUCGUGUCGAUAUGGUCAAAGGAGGACAGCAUGCUGGUUGCACGAUGCCAAGGCCACAACUCGUGGGUCUCGGGUGUAGCCUUCGACCCGUGGCGGUGCGACGAUCGCAACUACCGAUUUGGCAGUGUCGGCGAGGAUGCCAGGCUGCUGCUGUGGGACUUCAGCGUCGGAAUGCUGCACAGGCCGCGAGCGGCAUCGGUCCGCGCAAGAGGCAGUAUCUCCUCGCACAUGCCGCAGCCGCGAACCCGACCGGACAGCUCGACAACCCGGCUGCGGUCGGACUCGAAUCUGACAACGGGCAGCGCAGACGGCGGCGGCGAGCAGGUGGUGCACCCUGUUGAGCCUCGGGCCCGAACGGCCAUGUUACCGCCGGUCAUGGCAAAAUCUGUUGACGAGCACCCACUUUGCUGGCUUGGGUUUGAGGAAGAUUGCAUCCUGACCUCCUGCGAGAACGGGCAUAUCCGCACGUGGGACAGGCCCAAGGAAGGCGCCGAAGGAAGCGAUUCGGCGCCGUCGACGACAGACAGCACAUGA